UUUGUGAUUUCGGGGAUUCUAAAAAUGGACCAUCUCAAUCAACCUCAUUCCAUGGGCACCACCAUCAUCGGUGUCACCUACAACGGAGGCGUCGUUCUUGGCGCCGAUUCUCGAACUAGCACCGGAGUUUAUGUUGCGAAUCGAGCAUCCGACAAGAUUACGCAGCUGACUGAUAAUGUCUACUUGUGUCAUUCUGGAUCGGCGGCAGAUUCUCAAAUUUUAUCUGAUUAUGUGCGUUACUAUCUCCAUCAGCACACUAUACAGCUUGGGCAACCUGCCACUGUCAAGGUUGCUGCAAACCUUGUCAGGUUAAUAUCAUACAAUAAUAAGAAUAUGCUACAAACUGGUCUGAUUGUUGGUGGAUGGGACAAGCAUGAGGGAGGUAAAAUAUAUGGAGUGCCCCUUGGAGGAACGAAUUUGGAGAGCCCUUGA